AUGUUUCGGUGCAUUUAUAUCUGUACGGCAGCGUGGGGGAGCCAAGCCUGUCACGUAGCCGAAGACGACGACAGCUGGCUUGACCAGCAACCUGAUCGCCUCCAAGCUGAGCUGGAUUGCCGGCAGGCGGAGCUGCACAAACAUGCCGAUCGCCACAGCGGUGGAAACGACCCACCAAGCGAUGCACCCGCCCCACAGGGCGGCUCACGAAGCCGAUCCGACCGGCGGCAUGUUCGGGAGGUCGACGCUGACGACAUUGCCGCCAAGCUGCGCGGCUUUAUGGAACAGCUGUCUGGCUUGGAAGGCGUGGAGACCCCGACCGACAAAGCGGGGUCAUCUACUAAGGUAGGGCCCGGCAGUGUCAGCAGCGGCGUGGACUUCAACCCGGCCAGGUUUCUCUUGGAGCUGGAGAAGGUUUUGGGGACGGGCGGACCCACGGGUCGGCAGGCUAAGCACCCGCAGGGAGGGGAAAUGGACAACGGAACGGAAGGGGAAGAGGAGGGUGAGACAUCGACGGAGGAGGGUUCGUCUUUCUUCUCCUCGGAUGAUGAUGACCUGGACGAUAGCGACGACGACGGUGAAGAUGACGAUGAGGAUGAGGAGCGGGAGAAAGCGGAAAAGGGUCAAGUAGGUUUGGGCUCCACAGGCUUGGGGCCCGAGGACCUACAUGCCACCUGGUCGCGUCGGCCUGGGGGGUCUGAAGAAUCUCCCAGUUCGAGACCGGCGCAACGGUCUCAAUUACACGAAUCUCAUCGUCCCGCCUCUCAGGCGCCAGCUGCAGCCGCAGGGCCCGGCCUUGUCAGUAGCCUGCAGCAAAGUCAGGGUACAGUAUCGGCCAACAGCCCGGGGGUAAGCAGCCAGCAUACGGCUGGGGGUAGGCAGCCGCAGCCGGCCUUGAAGCGGGGCUUCCUGUCACGACAGGGAGCUCCCACCGCCGGUAUCGCCCACGCAAGAACAGGGCGGGACGGAGCAAUGACGCGGAAGGCCGAUGUUGGCCCGGUUGGUUCCGUCGGAGCUGGCAUGGGCCCUGCCCGGUGGCCGGUGGCCGGGCCGGGGAGGAAAAGCGCCCCCGCCUCAGCUGCGACCGGGGUUGUCGCCUCAGCCGCUGGUGGCAGCAGCGGUGGCGGCUCGCGGCGGCAGCUCGACUGGGAGAUCCAGACAGCGACGGACAGUGAUGACGAAGAGGAGGACCGUGAUGGCGACGGGUGGAGCGAUGUCACCGGCUCCGAUAGCGCUGCUGGGGAUCAUCGUGGGGGGCAGCAGUGGGAUUACGGUCACGGUCAAGGGGACGGGGAUGGGGAUGGGGACGGGGAUGGGGAUGGGGACGGGGAUGGGGAUGAUCACAUCGCUACAACGAGGUUGCUGGGUGCCUUGGGCAUCGGGACGAUGACCAACAGCAGCAUCGAGGGCGACAGCAGUGAUGGCGAGCGGCAUUGGUCUUCUGUAACCACGCGUCGCGGUGGCGUGGAUACAGCGGAAAAGCCGCUUCGAGGCACUGCACGGCAGCGACAUCGUUGCGACAUCGUUGGUGUGGCAGCCUCGGCAAGGACGGGGAGGGUUUCAUUGCCAGGGGCUGGCAACCGCGGUGGCGGCGCCACUGGGAAUGCCUGUCGUGGCGGCGGCGACGGCGACGGGGACGAUGACGCUUUCAUGCCGCUGUACGACAGCGCCAUGCAAGCGGAGUUGGCGGGCACAACGCUUGCACAGAGCUUUGACGUCGGGCCAGGCAUCCCUGUUGGUGGCAUUCGGAAGUCAAGUGUUGCUAGUGCGCGCGUCUCCGGAACGGCAGGGGCUCCUGUUGCGCAGGAUCUGCAACCGGUUGACCUUGACAUGAACUUGGGCGAAUCCUCCGGCGAGGAAGCUGCGGCCCAAUUUGAGGAUAACGGCGCGGACGGCGCCAGGAGCCAGACCCCAGCCGCGGUUGUCCCUCCCGCUCCCGCCACCGCCGCCGCCGCAGCGGCAGAUGAGCCCCCAACAACCCCAAUCGUAGGCGUGCCAGUGGUCGAUGAUGGGUUCAGCGCUUCCAUUGCCGACGCGUCCGUGCCCCCGGCCGAUGCGGGGGCUACUUUACUCGCACUUCGCCGAGCUUCUGCUGAAAAGAUUGUCUCCGCUGCCGCUGAGCCUUCCAUUGCGAAAGCAGAGCCACAAGCGAUGGCGGCGUCCGCAGCAUGCUUAACGUCAGCUGAGGCCACCGGGCCUCAGAGCUCAGCACUGAACGACCAGAGCUCCCUUGCCGCCACUGCCGUCGCCGCGGAUACCGAGUCCCUGGCGGCUGCCUCAGCGCCAUUGUCCGGGUCUAAGAUCGCUGCCGCUGGGCCAGCGGCAUGCAGCGCAUGCGAAACCGCCACUGCAGGUGCAGGUGUCCUCGCCGUGCCGCCCCUCCCAGCGCCAACUGCUAUUCCAGGAGAGCCUGCGGAGGCGGCCGCAGUACCGCCAGCAAGCCGUCGUGGCUCACCCGUCAUCGGCACGGCUCCGGAACCAGCCCAGACAGCUUUCGUCAACGAUGAUAACGAUGUAGCAGCCCCGGCGGCCGCAGAAGCGGAGGCGACGGCUACAGCCCCGGAUACGGUGAUUGCCACCGAACAAGCCGCCAACACUAUCGAGGCACCUGUUACCCAUCGUGCUCCUGUAGACAGCGUCAGCGGCGCUACGGCCGCGGCGGUAGCUGGUGCUGCGGAGGGGAAAGUCGUUACAGCUGCUGACAGCGUAGGAGGUCCCGACGGAGAAGGAGCGCGGACCGUUGCGGUGGCGACGGAUGCAUCUUCAGGUGGUCCCGAUGUGGACCCUGCUGCACCUGCGGAGGAGUCAGCAGACCACGUUUCCGCCGUCAGGCCGCAGCUGCCGUUGGAGCUUCCCUCCAGCCCUUCAGAUGACUCCGCAACAGCUCCAAUGGAUGUUGCCACUGCAGUGAUAUCGCCGCCGAAGAAUGAAGUGACAUCGCCGGCUGCGGUCCAGUAUGAGGAUACCCCGCCAGGGUUGACGGCAGACGCGGAGGCGACGGUGACGGAGCCGGCAGUAGCAGUGAAGCCGGCAGUAGCGGAGGCGGGGGUGGCGGAGCAGGCAGUAGCGGAGGCAGAGGUGACGGAAGCAGACGUGGCGGAGCAGGCAGCUAUGGCAGCGGAGGCGGUGGAGCCGCCUGCCUCUGGGGAGCCGAUGGAGCCGGCAGUGCAACUUCCGGCGGUGGCGGCACCAAUAAUAGCAGAGGCGACGAUGGUUGAGUCGGUGGUACUGGAGCCGGCAGUAGCGGAGCCGGCAGUGGCGGAGCCGGCAGUAGCGGAGCCGGCAGUGGCGGAGCCGGCAGUAGCGGAGCCGGUAGUGGCGGAGCCGGCAGUAGCGGAGCCGGCAGUGGCGGAGCCGGAAGUAGCGGAGCCGGCAGUGGCGGAGCCGGAAGUAGCGGAGCCGGCAGCGGCAGAACUAACAGUUGCGCAAACCACCGUAAGGGAGACGGCAGUGGCGGAGACGGCGGUAACGGAGCCCGCUGUACUGGAGCCGUCAAUGACGGGCUCAACGUUGGCGGAGACGACUGCCAAAGGCGCAGCCGUUGCCGCAAGCACGGAAAAGGUGGAGGCUGUCCCGUCUGUGAAGGCCACAGCGGAGGAGAUGGCAGCCGCCGCCAAACAGGUGGUCCCCAGCCCGCCGCUGGACGCUGCGCCGGCUGGGGUGGAGGGAGUGGCGCCGGCGGUGGAGGGAAUGGCAAGCAAAGACCCCGCCGCGGAUGCUGCAACAGGGCCAGUUGGUGGUGUACAUAGCGGCGACGAGGAGAGCGCUGCGACCUUCAUACCAGCAACGCCGGUGCCGCCAGCACCGUCAGCGCCCGCCGCCGACCGGCUCAAGUCACAUCGCGUCCUGGACACCGACCUGUACCUGUCCGAUGAGGACGAUUCCGCUUCGUCGCCGUCAAAGACCCAACAGCGCGCAAGCCGGGCUGGAACGCCGGACACGGUCGUCUAUUCGCACGGCAGAGAUUACCAGGCCGACAUUACAGGCGCCAGACCUGUGCACACCAAGUCUGGACAGAGUCUGAUGGGGGAUAUCGCCGAUGCGGCAGCGAGGGCGACGGAGGCGCAUAGCACCAUGAAGGGGGAGGCGAAAGAGAACGGCGGCGGGGUCGCUUCGAGCCCGGAUGGCACCACCGCGGCAAGCACUGAGGCACCUGGUUCCUCCUCACCCGCAGACACCUUGGGCCUAGCGGCUGGUGCCCAGAUCGCCACCCCGUUUGCCAACGGCAAGGAAGCCGCCGCCGCCGCCUCUGCGGCCAAGGCGGCGGAGGAGGAGGCUGCGGCGAGAGCGGCCGCCAGGGCUUUGGCCAAGUCGCGAGCAAAGGCAGAGAAAUCCAAGCAGGGAGGCAUCUUCAGUUGCUUUGGCUGCUUCAGUCCCGCGCAAUAG